AUGUUGGCAGGAAAUUAGUUUUUACAUAAUUAUUUUAGCUAAUCGAUGCUAUAACUCUUAAUUUUACUGUUAGUGCUACGAAUUAAAUAGUGAUUGUCAGUUUCUAAAGAUGUCUAAAAUACUUUACCGUCUUCAAAGUAAAGAUAAAUGAAAAUGUUCCACAGAUUGGCUGAAAGUUUGUUGAUGGGUGUUUCCUAAAAGCGCGAUGGUUCCGCCCAAUCGCUUAAACUCGUUGGUCCCGCUAGUCUCAGAUGCCUCAGCUGCUUGAAAAGACGGAUGCGCUUGUUCUGAAGGAUGAACUAAAACUCUCCUGACAUCGCCAGAAAAUAAGCACAGAGUGGUCUUCCAUGGAUGUCACCAAGUAUCCAGAGAAUGGAGAACAUAUCUGCUUCUUAAUUUUUGCCUUCCUUCAAGCAGACUGUAGAGACUCGUAUCUGCAGCAGGAGCUUUUUAGUCUGGGAAAGGAUUUUAACAUCAUCAGGGACAAGAACUCUGACUCAAGAACAGCUUAUGUGGACAAUGAAGGCAUUGAAUCUGAUGGACACCUAGAUGAGAGCAUUUCGCUUCCUCUGGAUGACAUUCUGCCCCUAGUGGAACUGCAGGGAGACCAUGCAGUAGCAGCGGCCCUCUGGGACGUCGCACAAGGUCUGAGGACAAUUGCAGACCAGUUUGAGGACAGAGUCGUCAAUCAGGCGACCCGGGACUUGAGAAGCCGCAUAGAAAAAUCUCUCCCUGAGCAGUGGGCACAGCUGCUCAAACAUGAAGUCACCCGGAUGAUGAACCAGGGACUAGGUAUGGAGAACUUUGCCCAGGAGCGGGUGAUCAUGGCCUGCACCUUCACCCUGGUGAAGGGGGUGUGCAAGCAGGCCCCCCACCUGCUGAGGAACCUCUUUGAGGCUGCGCUGCAGUUCGUCUGGUGUGGAGCAUGAAGAUCGAGCGAGGAGCGUCAAGCACGAACAACAGACGUUUGCAGCGAGAGACGUGUCAGAAACGGCCGUCUGCUCCUCGGGACCGCCUGAGCGUGGGAAGAGCCGCGGCGACUGGGUUUUAGGAUUUAAACUUCAGAAAUGAGGUUCAGUUUAAUUCUGAAAAAGUGACUCGGGGAGCUUGAAACUUGAAAUCUUUACGUUGAAGACAUUUAUUUUUGUAUUGUCGCUGGCAUGGACACUUUUUGUGAAGUCCUUGCAUUGAGACACAGUGGCUUGUCCAAAGCUAAAGAGGAAUUCAGUUGAAAGUAUUGUUUUCUUUGUGGUGUAUGCAAGCAAUAAAUCACCAGAAAAUAG